CGGAGAUGAGUUGGGGUUUGAUUAUGGGUUGGAGUGAAAAGAUUAUGUUAUGUUUUUUUACCAUAUCUAGAACAUGGUUGGAGAUGGUCUUAAGAGAAAAAAUUCCUCUCUCACAACCCUCAGGCUACAGUCUCUACCUCUGUAUAUGCUGCCAUUAAAAUCGUCUUCGUCACUGCUGUAGCGUUUAUUCCAACUCAUUACACUUAUGUUCUUUUUUAGAUUUAAUGAGACACCAAUAAGCAAAAGUAAUCAGAAUCGAAAUCGUAAUGCUCUCAAUCAGACGUUUCGUACUCUCCAAACCCAUCAACCACCACCUCCUCCGUCACUUAACCACCGUAUCAAACCACCCACCACCACCACCACCAUCUCCAGUCAACCCAGACCAGCUUCUGAGAGUAUGUACAAUCCUCUACCAACAACAAAACUCACCAGACUCCAACAUCCAUUCCAAGCUCUCGUCUUUAAAUAUCCCUAUCACCCACGAAUUCUUCCUCCAAGUCUGCAACAAAUUCCCAUACUCCUGGCGCCCCGUCUACCGUUUCUUUCAGUACUUACAUCAAACACCUAACCCGCAUUUCGCUCACACGUCUGUUUCCUACAAUAAAAUGCUGGACGUCAUUGGAAAAUCAAGAAACGUUGAUCUUUUCUGGGACACACUUCAAGAAAUGGGCAAACUUAGAUCGGCCAGUGAUAAAACUUUUGUAAUUGGUUUGAAAACAUUAGCUUUGGCUAGGGAGUUGAAAAAAUGUGUGGAGUUUUUUCACUUGAUGAAUGCAUUUGGGUAUAAUUAUAGUGUGGAGAGGUUGAAUAAAGUGGUGGAGAGUUUGUGUAGAAGUAAGCUUGUUGAAGAGGCAAAGUUUGUUGUAUUGAAAUUGAAGGAGUGGAUUAAGCCUAAUGGGUUCACUUAUGGGUGGUUAAUUAAAGGAUUUUGUGAUGUGGGUGAUAUCAUUGAGGCUUCAAAAGUGUGGAAUUUGAUGGUUGAUGAGGAUAUUGAGCCGGAGAUCGUUGCGUUCGAGAAAAUGAUCGAGACAUUUUUUAAGAAGAAUGAGUAUGAUGAAGCUAUGAAACUGUUUCAAACUAUGAGAGUGAAGAGAAUGGAUGAUUUGGGGCUGUCUACUUACAGGCUAGUAAUUGAGUGGUUGAGUAAAAGAGGUAAAAUUUCUCAAGCGAAGAUGGUGUUUGAUGAAAUGCGUGAGAGAGGAAUCGAACCGGAUAAUUUGACGUUAGGGUCACUAGUUUAUGGUCUACUAUCAAGAGGUAGGAUCAAUGAAGCGUAUAGAGUUGCGGAAAAUAUUAAAAACCCAGAUAUUACCGUGUAUCAUGGGUUGAUUAAAGGACUGUUGAGGUUGAGAAAGGCGAGCGAGGCUACGCAAGUGUUCAGGGAAAUGAUAAGGAGGGGAUGUGAGCCAACAAUGCAUACUUACAUUAUGUUAUUGCAAGGGCACUUAGGCAAGAGGGGCAGGAAAGGGCAAGACCCACUAGUGAAUUUUGAUACAAUUUUUGUUGGUGGUUUAGUGAAGGCUGGUCAGUCAUUAGAAGCCACCAAGUAUGUGGAGAGGGCUGUGAAAGGAGGAGUAGAGGUGCCAAGAUUUGAUUACAAUAAGUUUUUGCAUAAUUAUUCGAGUGAUGAAGGUGUUGUUAUGUGUGAAAAGGUAGGGAAGAAAUUGAGGGAGGCUGGGCUGGUGGAUUUGGCGGAUAUAUUGCAGAGAUACGGAGAGAAAAUGGCUACCAGAGAGAGGAGGAGAAAUAGACCAGUCGCGACAUAAAGAAAGGGAAAGAAAAGAGUUAGCUUCUGAGUUUACUUCUGAGGGGAAUUUUCUGGCAGUUCUUGCUUGUAUGCAAACACACAAGCAUAUUCCAUUACUGGUAUUGGUAAUUGAUAGUAGUAUAUAAGAAAUUACACAAAUCCUAUGUGAAUCCUUACUAAUCAUAUUGAUCCACAUUUAUACUUGCACAAAUCAUGAGAUGUAUUGAAGUUAUGUAAAUGUAAUAAUUAGCUAUACUGCAGACCCUUUAAAUUCCA